GCGGUGGCAGCAGCGGCGGUGGCAGCAGCGGCGGUGGCAGCAGCGGCUGUGGCAGCAGCGGCGGUGGCAGCGGUGCUGACACUGGGACAGCGUUGUGAGGACAGUGGUGACAGCAAGAGUUGGAGGACUGGCAGAGGGCAAGGCACCAUGGCCUUUCCUCUGCGCCUCUUCCUCCUGCUCCUCCUGGCAGUGGCCCUGCCUGACAGGGCUGCCCAGGCUGCUCCCUGGCGAGCACAGGGAGCAGAUUGGAAUCAUCACAUGGAUUACCUGGAAGUAAUGAAUGAUGGCUUGAAAUUCUUGGAGGAUGUUGGAGCCAAGCCUCUUGGUGCAGGCGAUGCAGCUCCUCAACCCACACCCAGGACUGAGUCUCAGGGAGGUGGUGAGGUUACAGGUGUGUGGGCAGGGAGCGCUUUGCCAGCUCCUGGGUUGCUUACUGCAGACAAGCCCGGCUCCCAUCGCAGGGGUCCUCCAACAGGAAGGAACAAAGCUACUGGACACAAGAAACCUCGUGAACCAUCUAAUACUAUGCAGCAAAUGCUGAAGGAAAUGCUGCAGGGAGCACAAGAGAAGAAUCAAAAAGCUGUGCUGAAGGCGGCGUUUCCUGGAGGAAGCAGUGGCUCAUGGGCAGCCUCUGCUGCUGCAGGAAGGGAGGCCAUGCCAGGCACAGUCCCAGGAGCCGAGCCCCUUGGUGAAGGUGAUCUUGCUUCACACCCCACACCCAGGACUGAGCCUCAGGGAGGUGGUGAGGUUACAGGUGUGUGGGCAGGGAGCGCUUUGCCAGCUCCUGGGUUGCUUACUGCAGACAAGCCCGGCUCCCAUCGCAGGGGUCCUCCAACAGGAAAGAACAAAGCUACUGGACACAAAAAACCCCAUGAGCCAUCCAAUACCAUGCAGCAAAUGCUGAAGGAAAUGCUGCAGGGAGCACAAGCUAAGCCCCUUGGUGAAGGUGAUCUAGCUUCCCUACUCACAUCCAGGACUGAGCCUCACGGAGAUGGCGAGGGUGUGUCUGCAGGGAGGAUUUUCCCAGACACUUUUCAGGAUGCUGCACACAAGCCUAGCUCCCAUCACAGGGGAAGGAACAAAGCUACUGGACACAAAAAACCCCAUGAGCCAUCCAAUACCAUGCAGCAAAUGCUGAAGGAAAUGCUGCAGGGAGCACAAGAGAAGGACCAGAAAGCUGUGCUGAAGGCGGUGUUUCCCAGAGAAAACAGUGGCUCAUGGUCAGCGUCUGCUGCAGGAAGGGAGGCCAUGCCAGGCACAGUCUCAGAGGAUUGGGAUCGUGACAUGGAGUACAUGGAAAUGCUGGUCAGUGGUGGUUUGAAGACUUUGCCAGAUACUGGAGGCAAGUUUUCAGUGUCUCUUUCUGCACAGAAUAAUCAGUGUCAAUGUGGCAAGAGCUCACUCAUGUGCCAUUUCCCUUAAGAGUCUGAAGAUUGAUGGAUUGUGGAAACCUCACCUUGCUCCCUUCUGGAGCCCUGAGUGAUCCCACACAGCACUGUCAGUGGGAGGAAGGAGCAUUUAGCUGUCAAUCUCCUUCCCAUGUGCAAUGCCAGUGUCUCCUUCCGUGUGCUCUGUG